GUCCGUGAAAUGAGAAAUUUCAGUGAGACCACCAGUGAGCAAACCUCCAUUAACUCACUUGGGUCCAUAUACAUGCUGCUUUUUAUUUAGUGUGCGUUGGAAUUCAACACAAGUAUGGGUGCAGAAAAGCUGGUGGCUUGUGUGUUGGUCACUAUGUUAAGUCUGUCACUUGUGAGGUCAGUUCGCAGUCAGCACAUGCCAGUAGAACCAUGCUUUGUACAGAUCCUCGUACCUGGACUCCAAGGUGAAGCAGGGGAGAAAGGAGAGAAAGGAGCGCCUGGGAGACCUGGGAGAAUAGGACCACCUGGAGAGCCAGGCCACACUGGACUGAAAGGCCAACAAGGCAGCAUGGGACAAUAUGGGAAGAUGGGCCCCUCUGGACUUAAAGGUUUAAAAGGUGAUAUAGGAGAUCCAGGACCAAAGGGCCCAGAUGGGGAGCCAGGGCUUCCCUGUGAGUGUGCACCAUUACGGAUGAUGAUUGGUGAAAUAGACAUUCAAGUGGAACAAUUAACAAAUGAUCUGAAGUUCAUUAAAAAUGCACUGCCCUCCCCCGCAGCUGUCGCUGGCAUCAAAGAGACUGACAGCAAGGUGUAUCUGCUGGUGAAGGAGGAAAAACGCUACAGGGACGCUGAGGUGUUUUGUCAAGGGCGCAGUGGACACCUGGCCAUGCCCAAGGAAGCGGCGGCCAACAGAGCCAUUGCCGGCUACAUCACUGAUGCUAGCCUUAGCAGAGUGUAUAUCGGCAUUAAUGACCUGGAGCGAGAAGGCCAUUUUGUAUAUGUGGAGCGCUCACCCAUGACCACUUUCAGCAAAUGGAGGGAGGGGGAGCCAAACAACGCUUAUGAUGAUGAGGACUGUGUUGAGUUGGUGUCUUCAGGCGAGUGGAUUGAUGUAGCUUGUCACCUCACCAUGUACUUUGUGUGUGAGUUUGACAAGGACAGUGUAUGAGCUGCAUCAUGCAUCCAGACAGGAAAGUGAAUAAGAAUAGUUUAUAAUAGCAAAGAUCUAAAGACAUCAAUGCAAGAAGGCUGAAUUUUAAAUAAGAAGCAGCACAGUACUGAAGAUUUUCUUAUCUACCAAUAUACUGCUUUAAUUAUGACACUAAAAUAAAAUGUAAAAUAAUUAAAAACACUGAUUGAUUGGCUUCUGGGCAUAGUUAAAAAAAAUUACUGUUCUUCUGUGUAAUGGUAUAAAAUAUUUGUACGUUAUUUCUGAAGCAUAAUACUCUGGAGCAGUGUUUCUCAAUCCUGUCCUGGAGUACCACUAACACUACACAUUUUGGAUGUCUCCCUAAUUUAACAUACUCAUUUCAGACCCAGCAGCAUUCUACUAAUGAGCUAAUCAGUAGAAUCAGGUGUGUUGGAUAAUGGAGAUAUCCAAAA